UUUUCCUUUUCUUCUGUCUGUUUCGUUAAAUAUCUAUUUCUUUUUUGGCAUCCUCCAGCAGGAUAGUAAAUAAUCCGCUCCUUCUCCCACACUCCUUCUUAGGCACCUUUCUCCCCCGUCCGAAAUAGAAACAGGCGUUAUCGUAUCUUUCCUUGGUUUGCUGCUGCAGACACCCGAUUCGCCGGAGCGCAAGAAACACGCGGUUGUGUUUUCUCGUAUUGAGUCAUCAAUGUGCUGGGUAUUUCGUCGCUGUCCCAGGUUUGAGAUCGUUGUUCCGAAAAAAACUUCCUGUUUCCAUAUCCUAGGAUCCACGCCAUUGUAGUAACCCACAUUACCAACAACCAUUCCGGAGUCAUGCCUUCGCGUCGAGCGCUGCCGGAGCUCUCCAUUUUCUCUCGGCGGACUAAAACCUCGUCAAAAAUCCCGUCGACGACCGCAUCGGCGACUGCAUCGGCGACUGCACCGACGACUACAUCGACGGUCUCAUCGUCAUCAAGCGACCACCGCCCUGCAUCUCUACCGACGACACCCCCCGCCCGCCUGCACCUCCGGAACAUCCUACCUUUGUCGCCGGAUGGCAUGCCUACACCUCCGCCCCCGCCUCGUCAGCCCUACCCGUGGCUCUGGCAAUGCCACUCUUGCAGCACGAUAUAUCGGAUCGGGUGCACGCGUCGUUGUCUCGUCUGCUCUCAUCAGUACUGCUUAUCCGCGAAGCCUCAAACUACGCGACGCGGAAAGAAGCGGCGCCGCUCCCAUGGGAUAUGCGCGUCCGAGUUCGAUUAUAGCGGAUGGGAAGAAUGGGGGGCGUGGCGUCGCAAGGUCCUCGGGUUGGAAAUGAUUGAUGGUAUGGGAAAGCUGCAGCGCGAGCGCGCAUUCGUGGGUAAGACACACAAUUGCAUGAUCGACUGCAACUAUCCUUCCGAAUGCCACCAUGAGCGGCACAGAAUUUUGUCGGAGGGUCCCAAGAAAGACACGCUCGACACUCUUGUGGAGGAGCCGGAGCCUCCAUCUGCUGCCGUAGGGCCGUCGCCGAGCCCUGACGACGAGCUACCGCUAAACGAGGCCCUCGAGUUGCAAGAGGAGUGUGAGACGGCCGAGAAGAAGAAGAAGAGUCCCACCAGCCCUAAAAGCCCGCUAUUCAAGACUACUCUCUGCUGGGAUGAGCCUGAGGAGGUGGAAAGUAAUGUGAAGAAAACAGGUUCCUCUGAUAACGAAGGACAAGGACACGAUCACGAGGGCGGUGAAUCCCCAAACACGGUCCUAGAAGUCACCUGUGCUGAUCAGAAUAAAUAUGACGAGGCCGGCUCCCCAAUCGCCGAAGCGAGGGCCAUGGAUUCAGAUACAUUGCGUAGUCUUAUAGCAGAAGACGAGAGCAUGAUGCCCCUGGAGAUGGUGGCGAUGGAUGGUGGCGAUGUGCCGGUUGUAUCCUCGCGAUACCCACUCAGGAUAUCCCGUCGCCCAAGUUUCCGGCGCGGGAAAUUGACCGUCCGCAAUUACACUGACGCGGACUGCAAAGAGGACGACCCAUCGGACAGCGACUCGGACAGCUGGUCGUCCUCUUCGUCCUCAUCAUCCUCUUCGUCGUCGGACGGCGAAUGGGUUCCCACUAACGACCUAACGCCGAUCUCGGAGGAGAGCAGCAGCGAAGAGAGGGAUGAGAGCGAGAAGGAAUUGAAGCGGGAUCUCCAGGCGUUGAUAGAGGCGGGGCGUUCUUUUUUACAGAGAUAGCUGGUGCGGUUAGGGGAGACGACGUGACGGACAGGCAUGACAUCGGCGUACAGCAUUUAGGUAGGUAUAGCUUCAUUUCCCGGAGUUGGCUAGC